AUGGAGACACCCUCAAGACCAAGUCUUCCGGGGACUUGGUUGCAGACUCCAGCCAUUAAGCCUCCUGCAGCGGCACCAUCCUUUUCUACCUCGAUCACCCAUGACGGUGGCCUAGCUUAUUCCCAAAGCCCUUCGCAGCCAACGAACAUGGGCCUCAUGCAAGCCGACCAGAAUUCUGCAAUACAGCAACAGUCCGCUACCGAUUCAAGCCGAUCUUCAAAGAACAUAAACCUGGAUGAGCGUGCUGCGCGUGCUGUUAAUGAAGCUUUGGAGAGCGAGUCUAGAUUUCCAGAUUUAGACGGCUAUCUUUCUCAUGGCUACUCUUAUGAGUAUGACUUACAAUCCUCUGCACCCUGGGCGCCGUUCCAGAAAGUCCGGGUACACAAUAUUCCUGACCAGAUAUUUGAGCAGUAUAACAAAGCGACAGCAUCAACGAGCAUGGGACUAUUUGCACAAAUAAACCACGCCUGGGUCACGAUUGACAAUGCUCUUUAUAUGUGGGAUUUCACAGUGCCAAACCCACAAUUGUUAGGCUAUGAAGGGCAGUCCAGUCUCAUCACAGCCGUCAAGCUAGCAAGACCUCGUGCAGGUGUCUUUCUUCCUUCUAUCACCCAUGUCGUGGUGCUGGCCACAAUCUCUGAAGUCAUGCUCCUGGGUUUAGGUUCGGAGGACGGCUCAGAAAGACCUGGCGCACUUUCUCUUUUUCAGACUGGAAUAUCAGUUUCCGUCAAAGGUAAAGAUAUCAAUGCUAUUGCCUCAUCGGCAAAAAAUGGCAGAUUGUUCUUUGCAGGUCGCACCGAAAAUGAACUUUACGAGCUCAAAUACUAUCGAGAUGAGAGGUGGUUUUCCCGUCGCGUCGCGAGAAUAUGUCAGUCGUCCAGUUAUCUGUCAUAUUUCGUUCCUCCAAUUAGCUUGGGAACAAAGACCGUCGUCUUUGUGGAGCAGAUCGUCGUAGACGAUACCAGAGACUUAGUGUAUACUCUGUCCUCUGAUUCUUCAAUAAGGGUAUUUUAUAUGGCAACUGGAGGAGGACUUACCCUUGCUCUUACCCGCUCUGCUGCAGAGAUCUACUCAAGUGUUGCUCACAUCAUUACACCCAAUGGGACUUUACACGCGAGAGUGAAAAUCGUUUCCAUUUCUGCAAUAUCAGCACAAGAAGCUGCAAAGUUCCAUUUGGUUGCCACUACAUCCACUGGGUAUCGUAUCUAUCUCAGUGCCACUAGCGAACCAACAUGGGGCUCUUCAACCAGUCGUGCACCGAUGAAUAUGCAAGCGCAGCACGUAAAGGUGCCGCCUGUGCAGUCUUCACCGGAGAUCAGCGAGCAAAACUUCAGUGUGAAUGCACCAAUCCGUUCAUUGAUAACAACAAGGCAAGCGGCAAGAUAUGCUCCAGGAUAUUUCUUUUGCUUCUACUCCAGCAACCCCAACCAAACCACCGAUGCCCUCUUUAUCUCAUCUCCUGAUCCAGCUCGCCUAGCUAGACCUCCUGAGGUUGGUCAGCCCAGCCGUUCGGCCGAAUCAGCAGUCUGGGUGCGCUUAGGGAGCCGUGCAGAGGACAUUGGUGAAUGUACGCCAUAUCAUCCUCCUAAGGAAACCCCAAUUGGUUUUGGAAACGAGCUUGCUGUUCAAUUUGACGCGCCUGCUCCAGAAGUGGCUAUUUUGACCAACACUGGAAUACACAUAUUGCGACGUCGACGGUUGGUGGAUGGCUUUGUGGCGCUUGUACAGCAAGGUGGAGGGCGGGACGGUCUAGAAGGCGACAUCAAAUACUUUAUCAGGCUCUAUGGAAGGACGGAGACUUUGGCUACAGCACUAGCAGUGGCCUGUGGGCAAGGUGUUGAGGUCUCCCCGGACUCGCGAAUAGCACGGGUCAAUGAUCCAGAAGUUCUGGAGUUUGCCCGGAAAGUGUUCAUUGAAUAUGGUGGGAAGCCGACCAUCAACCAGAACGCGAUUGCCGAUCAGACCGUGUCACCCAUUGAUACCGUGCGUCCUUCACCACGGCACGCUGGCGUAGCUCUGUACUUGUCUCGGCUCUUACGUUCAACUUGGAAGACUGUCAUUGCGAAAGAAUCAAGAACACCUGCUGGCGGCUAUUCCGUGCUGCCUGGUGUACCCUUGAACAAGAUCAAAAGUGUGCAGGAAGAUCUGUCUGCUUUACAACAUUUCUUUCAAACUAACAGAAGCUUUAUCAAAGGGCUGAGUGGACCAGAUUCGAUGUCCAGGUCAUACAGUAAGCAAGAUGAGUUAGCCUUGCAGGGCGAGCAUCGUGCCCUGCAUUCACUGGUCAAAUUUGUCUCGGACAUCAUCGAAGGGCUGUCAUUUAUAAUGGUGCUCUUUGAUGAACGGGUAGAAGAAAUCAUUCCAUUACUAGCCGAGGAAUCAAGUCCACUCUUCUUACGGCUUACUUUUGAGAACCUUUUUACCACAAGUAGGGGCUUUGAGCUAGCGAAAGAACUUGUCAAGGCUAUUGUUAAUCGCAACAUAGCCAAAGGUUCAAAUGUCGAAACUGUCGCCGAGGCAUUGAGGAGAAGAUGUGGCAGCUUCUGUAGCGCUGAAGAUGUAGUCAUUUUCAAAGCACAGGAGCUCCUUAAGCGGGCAUCGGAAGCCGGCAGUACUACUGAAUAUGGGCGAAAUCUACUCAACGAAAGUCUUGCCUUAUUUCAGCAAGUGGCUGACAGCCUCCCAAUGGAUUACCUUGAUUCUGCCGUCAAGCAGUUCACUUCUUUACAAUUCUUCGCCGGCGCAAUACAGCUUGCUCUCAAGGUGGCCCAUGAAUCCGACAAAGGCAACGAAGCCCUUUCAUGGGUGGCCGACGGCAGACCGGAGACGGAUCCGCGGAAGUCGAAAUAUGAAUUUAGAAGGCGAUGUUAUAAUCUCAUUCACGAGGUGAUUCUGGCAGUAGACAAGAGCACGGAGCAGGAACCCGUUUUCGCGGACGGACGGCCAUCAAUAACUGCUACGCGACGAAAUGAGACAUACGACGUAAUCAGCCGCUCUGCUGAUGAGUUAUUCCUGACCAACUUGUAUGACUGGUACCUAUCCCAGGGCUGGACCGAUCGCCUGCUGGCCACAGACUCACAUUUCAUUGUGACUUACCUAACGCGAAAAUCAGCAGAAGACAUUGCACAUGCCGACUUGCUCUGGAAAUACCACGGUCAAUCGGGCCAGUUCUAUGAGGCGGCAUGCGUUCAAUUGCAGCUGGCCAAAAGUGGCUUUGACCUGACCUUGGAUCGCCGAAUAGAAUACCUUAGCCGAGCUCGCGCAAAUGCUUCCACGUACACACAAGGCAGUAAUCGAAAAUCCAAGCAGAAGCUGCUGCAGGAAAUAUCAGAGUUUCUUGAGGUUGCUAAUUUGCAAGAUGAGGUUCUCCAGCGUUUGAAGGAGGAUCCUCGUUUGUCAGGAGAGCGGAAGAACGAGGUCCUUGCUGGAGUAGAUGGGCCAGUUCUUAGCAUCACCGAGCUUUUCAACAAAUUCGCCGACAAUGCAGGCUACUACGAUAUCUGCCUCCUAAUCUAUGCUGUAGCAGAUCAUCGUGACAUGUCGCAGAUCAAAUCAACCUGGCAACAACUUCUCCAAUCUGUGCACGACGAAGCGGUAUCCCGGGAUUCUGCUCAACCUUAUGAAGUCGUUGCCGAGAAGGUACGAAGUUUGGGUAGUAGGCUGCGACUAUCCGAGAGCAUCUUUCCAACCCCACUCUUGCUCUCGAUGCUUGAGAAGUACGCUUUUGAGUAUCAGAGAGGGGUCACCUCCACCACUUGGGUUGUUGAUCUCUUCCUUGAGCUUCAAGUGGGGUGUGAAAAGCUAUUCGAUGUUCUUGAGUCUAUGUGGUAUGCGAAUGAAGCUCCUUUCUACGGCAAAAACAGAGGCGUCCUGGCAAAUGAUCUCAUCUAUGUGAUAGAGCAAUGGCUCCAUGAAACAAUCAAAGGUGGCGGCGUGGUGUUUGACAGCGAAAUCGGCGCGGUUCGAGUAGAUCAGAUGCUACAGGCCUUGCUGCAGACGGGUACCCAAGGAGGAUUGGAUGAGGCAAGGAUGCAAAAGUGUCGACUUCUUCGCGAAAGUAUUGCACAGGUUCUGCAUUGA